GGCGUCCCUAGCCAGUGUUAGUUUGACCCAUCUAAGGUUGGUAGGUGACCACUAAUGAACCCUUGGUGAUGCGACGUUCAUUACCGUUCAUGGCUGAACGGCUGAAGUUGCUCAUCAAGGGGGAGGCUUUUCCAUUCCAUAUCAUAUCCUCUCUUCUCAUCCCUUAUUCCUUCUGACUUGUGCACUGUAGUUCUCGUUUAUCUAUCGCUCGUUUCCUUCUCGAUAACCGACAAACUAUUAGCAUCGUGAAAUCCUUCGUUGUCUGAUCGGCCGUCCCUCUUUUUGCGCGUCGUGCCCCGCCCACCAUACCGCGAGAGAUCGAUCCAUACCAUAGCGUACAGCUGGAACUGUUACUCUGGGCUUAGAGCCGUUGUCUAAAGUUACAAACAAUAUCCGAUAAUGAAAAGAGCUGCGCAAUAUGGCAUACCAAGAUGACCGGGCUGAAGAGCCCUUUCAGACUUACGAGCCAUAUCAUCCUGCUGGCUCUGUGACCGCAUCGCAAAGGCCCACAACAAGCCAACCACAUCUGAGCCAUCGCGUCUCUGCCAUGACAAUAUAUUCCGACGACAAUUCGUACCCUCAGCUCCACGGCCGCGAGUCUAUGGUGUCUCUCGACUCCUAUGCAGGAAACUCGAGCCCACCCCAACAGGAAUAUGACGGACAUUCGUACGCUGCUGGGUCUGGAUGGUCCGCAUCAUUUGGCUACAAUGGAGCCGGGGGAUCGUAUGCGCCUGUGUCUGCAGCUGGGCCUCCUCCCUCGCGGUUCCCAUCUCGAGCCAAGCGUGCAUACGGCUCAUCUCUCGGAAGAACCAUUCAAGAGGAAACCACAGAAGACGAAGCAUAUGAUCUGUCAUUGCUUGGUGGUGCAGCGCCCAUGGGCCACUCUGGUCGCUAUGAUCCCAUAAAAGAGGAUGAGGAUGAUGUGUCUCCUGGUUUCGACUUGAGCGCCGCCCUAGGACCAAUGACCUCGCACGAUGAGGUUUUCGUGAAGAAGCUUCAGGCGCAAGAGGCUAGCGGGAUGUUGACAGGAGGUUUGGGCCAAGGGUUUCACGCGGACGUCAAGAUGCGUGAUGCCGAACUUCUGUCGUCGACCCCAUCUGUUCAGAGGAGUCUGUCGCGGUCGUUUUCGCGCCGCAAGCCGCCUGAGCAUCUUGGCCGAUUCGAGGCAAUCCGACAAAGAGGGCAGGACGAAGCUAAUCGGAAAGGAGAAGUCAUUGAGGUGAUAUUAGAGGAGGGACCAGGCGCCGACCUGAGCAGCAUCGAGGGACUCAGUACGGUUGCCUCUAAUGAUUUUCGCCGAUCAACAUUCCCGACUAAGGAGGGCAAGACGGAAAUAUUCUACCCUCAACCGAACUGGAAGCCUCCCACAAUGCGAUGGCCCUACCUUACUUUGCUGAUUAUCAUAUCGGUCGGGUUGGCUAUUGCACAGGAGUACCUUUUUCAACGAUUUCACGAAAAGCCCAUAGUAAAAUUCCGGUCACCUAAAGACAUAGACACCUUUGUCUAUUUUGCCAUCAAAUUCUUACCAACAGUAGUUGCGGUUACUUUCGGCGUGUUCUGGCAGUUCACUGACUUCGAAGUCCGCCGCCUGGAGGCUUUCUACCAGCUAUCCAGACAGCAGGGUGCUCUGGCUUCCAAGUCAAUCAAUGCCGACUAUGUCACAAGCUACAGCUUCUGGCGACCUUUUCGAGCGAUCAAGCUUGGUCACUAUGCGGUAGCUUUGUCUUCGUUCGCCUCAACACUCGCCGUUUCCCUCGUACCAACCUGUGCAGCUGCUUCGAUCAUACUCACACCGAGCCGCAAGGAGCGUAUGGAAAACCCCAGCGACAUGAAGGAGAUCUUUGUGGCCUCGGUCUGGUCACGACUUUUGACGGUUACUUUGGUGUUAUGUGCAGCCAUGGGGUGCGGCUUACUAUAUGUUUUACAAACUCGACGAUCAGGCCUGCUCUCUGAUGUCAGAGGCAUUGCUGGUCUUGCUAGCAUGGCUGUAGUGAGCCAUGUCUUGAUGGACUUUAAAGACAUGGACACAGCCAAGCAUAAAGACAUUCACCAAAAGUUGAAGCGUCGUCGAUACAUGCUGAGAAAUUCUUCGCUUGCACCUUACGAGGGCACAAGCACAAAGGUGGAAACGGACAGCGAACAGGAUGAUGGCGCCCAUCUCUCGGAGCACCCACAUCCCCUGAUGCUACGUCCGAUGGGAUGUAUCCCUUUCAUCAUUGGGUUGAUCCUUUUUGUAGCAUUGAUCCCAACGUUUCUCUUCACUCCCGCCCAGAUCAUCACAGACAAGGCUGCCUGGGUCGUCACAGCGUUGGCCGUCAUCCUCAAGCUAUGCUGGGGCGCGAUGGAGACAUCCGUUCGUAUGAUGGAACCUUACUAUAUCCUCUCAAAGCGACAUGCGCACUCAAAAGUUCUUACCCUUGAUUACACCGCACUGCCGUUUGCUUAUAUGCCGCUGCGAGCGCUCUUGAACGGCCACUUUCUAGUGUUUCUUGUUGGGUUCGGUAGUGUCAUGGCUGAAUUCCUGACAAUCCUUGUAACCAGCCUUGCAACGGUGGAUGGGCAAGGCUUCAUCACAGGAUAUGGAAUGAAUAAAGGGAAGUGGAAGGAUGACAAGGAGAACAGUGAAUUACUCAACUCUGGACAGGAGACGAUACGCUCAUUCUAUAUCACCCUCGGGGCCACAUUAUUCAUACUCAUGUACAUGUUUGUUGUCUCAAACGUGGUGUUCUUCCGCCGGCGCCAUCCUUUCCUGCCGCGUCAGCCCAACACUAUUGCGUCAAUUCUGGCUUUUAUCCACCAGAGCAAGAUGCUGUACAAUUUUGUGGGAACCUCGAAGCUAAAUAACGCAGAGAUGGCGAAGAAGCUUGAUGACGGUAAGACGUAUGGACUAGGAUGGUUUACUGGAAGAGAUGGACAGACACACUGCGGAGUGGACCAGGAGGAACUGACUAGUUCCUACAAGCACGGUGUCGACUAUACGACGAUGAACAAUCCAUGGAAUGCACAGUGGGAUGUGCUGUAGAAUGCGCAAUAUAUGUUAUGAUAUUCUGGAGUCAGAUCUGUGCAUGGCCAUAGUUCGGCAAAUAUACACAACAUUUGGACGGGUCAAGGCUGGAGUUUGGUAAAUUAGACAUCGGGCGUUGGCGAUGAAUUCUAUGGUUCUGUUUUAUCCGUUUCUUAUCUGAGGCCUACGUCGCUGGAGUGUUUGAGGAUCUCUCGAAACAGAAGCAUCAAGAUAAAGGCAUAGCAUUUGUUAGGAAUGCGAGGAGCGAAACAUGUAAUGAGACUCGGAUGAAGAUGAACCGGAAUGGUGACGAUUCAUAUUCUCGCUUAGUGUAAUGCUCUUUGGUCUAACACGUGCUGGGCAUGAAUUUUGAAUGGAUAAACACGUCGAUCAUACUUAGUAUCUUCGUAUCAGAAGGUUUCGAGUUGACGCGUCCAUGCUCCAUAUUAGUAGUUUUUGACGCUUAUGUUUUAGAAAUGUGUCGUCUGUCCAGUAACAAGACCUGUGACAUUCCCCAGUGGAUUAUGCCGGCCAUUCCACGCGUAAUGGAUGUCCUUCUCUAAGUUCUCUUUAGUUAAUCUCAAUUUCUCUGUAUCCGUACAGCGUUUAUUACAGUGGCACAUCAUCGAAUACUAUUGG